AUGGCUCAGGCCUUUGAUCCCUUCGGUGCCGCCUCUGCGGCGGUGAACGCGCUCGCAGAGUCCGUCUCGCCUGCCUCCGGAACACCUGCAGACUUCACGUGGAUCGUCGUGGUCGGUGGCAUCACGUGCUUCCUCACAGCCUUCGCCAUCGGCGCAAACGACGUGGCGAACACGUUCAGCAGCUCGGUGGGCUCGCGGGCGAUUCCGCUAUGGGCAGCUAUCGCCAUGUCCGCCGUCUUGGAAACACUCGGCGCCACGCUGCUCGGCGGGGCCGUCACAGACAGCAUUCGAUCGAAAAUCAUCGAUUUCAAUGUGUUCCGCGAGACGCCGUCCAUUUUGAUGACAGGAAUGCUUUGCGCACUAGUUGGAGCGGGACUUUGGCUGUUCCUCGCAAACCACCUGAGUCUGCCAGUCUCCACGACGCACUCUAUCGUCGGCGCGCUGCUGGGCUUCGGCUUGGCGUCGGGAAACGUGCACGCGGUGAAGUGGCGGCAGGUGGCCUUCAUCGUCGGCUCGUGGAUUGUGGCGCCGCUCGCCGCGAGCUUAGCAGGCGCCUCGAUCUUCGUCCUCAUGCGCGGCCUCAUUCUCAGAAGCAAACACCCGCUCGUCCGGGCCAAACGCUUUCUUUGGAUCUUCAUUUGGCUGAUCACACUGACAUUCUCCGUCUUCCUGGUCUUCAAAAACUUUUUUGAAAUCAGCACCACGUGCGAUCAGCUCAUGCCGAGCGGCGAGGUCAUUGCGAGCUACCCCUGUCGGAUUUCGCAGUGGGCUGAUGCCCACAGAGGCAUUUCUAUUGGCAUUGCUCUCGGGCUCUCGAUUUUCCUCGCGUUCGUCAUCUCCAUGAUGGUCUACCGCUUCGCCUUCUACCGCGUGAAGAAGUAUCGCCAACGCCAAGCGGAUAAGCGCGGCUCUAGAGACGCAGAGGCGCGCAUGCGCAUGAUCGCCUACGGCGACGAAAGCGCCUGCAGAGAUGCCGUUGUGUCUUCUUCAUGUCUCCCGUCUUUGUCGCCUCCUCGUGGGAAGCUCAGUGACGAGGUGCUGGGCGAUGCUCACGCCGCGAACAACGAAGACAGUCUGGGAACCAAUGGAAAACAUCGUGGGCGUGUCGAAAUGGCGAGUAUGUUGCAUCCGCAGUUCGUCGCGUCUACUGCGGAUUCCCUCCACAACAACGGCGCCUCGCCGCUCUUCCACUCGUCCGGUUCGCACUGCGCGCCGCCGCCUUUCUCUCAGUCUGCGUUUUCUUCCACGCCAGCCGCGCAGUCGGGCGCUGUGGCGUUCGUACAGACAGCCACGCAUGGCGCGCCGCCGAGAGACCCCCAGAGCGAGGCCGACGCAGAGACGCGGGACUCGCCGAUUAACAAAGACGGGGGUGCGGCCGUCGACACCGGCAACUCUGCCAGCGUGAGCGGAGACCGCGCCGCGGUGCAGAGCGGAGGCGACAAAGGCGAGGAAGAACAGAGGGCGACGCCGAUCGCCGCGCAGCCGGAGGAACGGUGCCUAGGUGAGGACGGAGCUCUGUUCGUACCUCACCAGGAGGACAGUGCGAGGCGCUAUUACAUGCAACACGCAAGAGACGCGAGCCCCGAAUAUAUCGAGGCCGGGCUUGCCGACGAGGACGAUGACGAGGAACCGACGACUUGGAGAGGCAAACUGUACGCCAAGUGGCGCAGCAUGCCGUGGUUCAAAGAUAUACAUGCAGAGUGCAGCGACGAAGACGAGCUGGUGGCACGCUUGCAGACGGGCGCGGAGAACUUCGACACCGAGACGGAGUUGUUUUUCUCCGCUUGCCAGGUGGUAUCUGCGUUCAUGGGAUGUAUCGCGCACAGUGCGAACGAUACCGCCAAUGCGAUCGGACCUUUCGCCGCAAUUCUCACCGUCUACCAGACAGGAGGCGCAGACAGCGAGAUCGGCUCGCCGUGGUAUAUUCUUCUCUUUGGCGGGCUGAGUAUGUCUCUCGGUCUCGCGCUGCUCGGCUACCGCGUCAUUAAAACCGUCGGCGUCAAGCUUGUCAAAAUCACACCUGCGAGAGGGUUCUCCAUGGAACUCGGCGCUGCGUGGACUGUGUUGAUCUUCAGCGCAGUCGGUGUUCCGCUUUCGACGACCCACUGCGCCGUAGGAAGCACCGUGGGUGUGGGCCUUAUGGAGCCCAAGCCGAACACGAGGCCGGACGCAGGCGAAGGCGUGGAUGAGGAUGAGGCCGCAGGUUUUAACAGCGAAAGGUGUAUGAAAUGUCCUCCGACAUGCCCUGCCGUCAACACCGCCUCUGUCAACUGGAAACUGUUUGGUGGAGUCUUUGUGUCGUGGAUCGUCACGAUUGCGUUCUCGGCCUUGGUGACGGCCGCUCUCUUCUCCUUCGCCGCCUUCUCGCCUCGAAUGGUUUAG